CGCACGCGGAAAAAGCCGGAUCCGCCGAUGGGCUAAGAUGCUAUUCUUAGUCGCCUAGCAACGGGCUGCCUGGCUACAGCAUGCAGCAGAAGCUCAUCGAGGGCUUCGUCAUCGACCACCUCGACACGCCUGGGCGCAGUGCCACGCACCGGCCGUCCGUGCGCUACGAUGUCAAUGGACGGCGCAUGAUCCCGUCACUGGACAUGCCACGGGCCAAGAUGCAUGUACCCAAGCUGCCAAGUCCGCGCACCAUAGCACAUCCAAUUGUCCGCACGACGCCAGCCAAGCGCCUCGUGGGCGCCGCCAUUGCCGACUUGGAGAUCCCGACGCGCCGCGCACAGACCGCGCCCGCCAAGCCCGAAACAACGGCGACAACAACGUUUCCAGCGCUACGCAGCCCGCGCACGGAAGCCAUCAUUGACCCGCAGCUCUUGCCAAACAUGUCGAGUCCGCUGGCCACGUGGGCGCUGCCGCGCGAGUACAUCAUUGAGUUCAUUCGGCUCUCGGUGCUGCCGUGCUCAUGGGCCAUGAACAUCAAGUCAAUUGGCGAGUGGGUCGUCGCCGAGUCGGAUGCGCCGUCAACACCCACGGACCCGGCAGUGCUGCGCGAGGCGACGCAGCAUCUACUACCGCACAUCCAAGUGUCCGAGCGGUCCCCGCGGCAACGUCCUCCGCCACUGGUGUCGCCGCGCCGCCCCCACACGCUGCGGGAGGUGCCAUUCGAGGCCAAAGUGCACACGUUGCUCGUUGAGCUCCACGCAAAUCCGGAUGCGUGGGCAGAUUUUCAGGCCAAAGUCAAGGAGUACGUGGCGUCCAAGCGCCGAGGACGGAACCACGUCGACAUGAUCCACGAGAACAUUGUGCGCGUCGGCGGUCACCCAAGCGACACUCGGUGCACCAAGCCGACGCUGGCGCAGCGACUGCACAAGACGCGCACCAAGUACGAGCUGCAGCUGCAGCGCGAGCACGAGCAUCACGUGGAGCUCCUCGACCGCCACACGCGGCAAGUCAACCAGCAGAAGCGACUUGCUGCCCGCGCCCAGCAGGUCCGGGCGUGGCUCCGCGUGCUCUGCACCGUGGCGCACUUGGAGCGCUGGCACGUGCGCACGCGCCAGGAGAAAUCCAAGAAGCUUCUGGAGCUGCGCGAGCUCGCGGCGAUCUCCAAGAUCCAGCGCGUGUGGCGGCGGCGCGUCCACGUCGCCAACUCGAAAGCGCUCUUGCACAUCAUCCUCAAGACGCGACGCAUUCUCUGGAGUGUCACGUUCCGCAUCCACUGCAAGAAGCUCGGCCAGGCCGCGAGCGUGCUGCGCCGCUUUUUCAUCGACUAUUUCAACGCAACCGACACCGAGUCGGGCAACUUUCGCGUGCUCAUGGCUCGCUGGCGCUGGCGCGUCAUCAACGCGCAGCGGGCGAGCAAGGCGUACAUCGCGUGCUCCCGCGCGCGGCUCCAUGCGCUCGGCCAAAUGUGGGAUCGCGCCGACCACGAUCGACAGCGCACCGAGAAGCAGCUGGCGGCGGCGCGAUCGGCCGUGGCCGUGGCGGACGCAGCUCCGCCCACGUCGCCGCCGCCUCGGCGACGCCCGAACCGGCGCAACCAGGCCGAAGCGCUCGCGGACCUGGGCGCGAUGCAGGCGCAACUGUUGGCGAUGCAGAGUAUGCUCACGCCGAUUGAGAUUCAACGCAUGCAGACUGUUCAGGUCGUGCGCAUUCCCAAGAGCAUCAAGAUGCGUCUCCUUGUCGCCUACCUCAUGAAGCGGCGGGCGGCCCACAUGCGGGACGUCGCUGCGGUCAUCGCAAAGGGCGCCUCCGAUGCCAAGGCCAGGCGUGGCGCUCAUACGAAGGACGCGAUAGCGCUUGUUCAGAGCGGCGCAUGGCCGACGCUGGGAGCGCUGAGUGAACUGAAGGCCAAGUACCCACCGUUCUCACUCUACUCCAAGCAGACGAACGACGACAUCAAGGAACUCAUACAGGAAGGUUUGCGCCUCACGCUCGAGACCGACGCGGAUGGCCAGCGACUUGGCAGCGACGGCGCCGAGGUGGUGUCUCCGCCAGGUAGCCGCGGGCGCGUCGACAGCUUCGUCGUGCGGCCACGCAAUGUGUAACAGUGGGGGGUCGUAAAAAGGUGGUGUAUUACUGAUCCACCCGGCAUACAAAUUGUUAGUAAAUGCACAAGGCGCAGGACUGGGUCC